GAUAGUUACUAACGCCAAUUGUAACUACAGCCACAAGCUAAACAAAGGAUCACUUCAGCCCACCAUAUUCAAUCGUCAUUACAACAUUAACUUCAAAGUCACAUAGAGAGCUAUCAGUUUCGACAAAAAUUAUCCGCCGGGCCAAGCCAAUCUAUCACAUCAUAUCAAAAUAAAAAACAUCAUCUUCUCCCAAGUCAUCCUGGGUGUUAUUUCAUUUGUUCUUGGAUCUCCACUUUCUCCACCAUGGGUUCGCUCGCCAUCAAAAUGUAGUAAUUCUGAUGUCAACACCUGCACUGUCGAAGUUUACGUCCCCGUCAACAAACCCAAUCAAAACAAAUUUGCCUUUAUAGUCACUCUUUUCGAUUCAAAUUGUGAUACAAUGUGCAGUGAUACUUUUGAACAUCGUAACACCAGGAUUAUAUGGGUACCGCCGUGCCUCAAAGGUGGAAACAUGACCGUUCAAGUUGAGGGGGAUGGAGAGCUGCAGCCAAUUUAUUAUAAUGGCUCUCCAUUAUACAUCGGAAUUGUGCCUGAUGGAAACACUACCAUAGUAACACACCGCGAUGUGUUUCAGUGUCCAAUAGCAAAUGCUGCUCUUAUGGUAAGAUCGGCUUCUCGCUCUGGAGAAAGUUGUGAAGAGGCUGAACACCCCCCACCUCUAUACGACUCAUGUUAUCAAGCAUGGAGACUUGCACAUACACCUGUAGUUGGAAGUGGUCAUACGGGCGAUUAAUGGAUGGCAAUGCCUGGCCAGCUAGAGGUGAUGGUCGAAGACGGAUUUUGGCCGUCAAAGGGAUGGGUUGGCUAUUUACUUGUUAGCGAUUGACUUCACCGAAUUUCAUAGUGAUCUAAUAAUACGUUGAUGUUCACA